ACCAACCUGCCUUCACAAGGGGAACAGAAAAGCAGAAGGCACGCACAAACCUUACAGUCCCGAUCAGUGUUCACGCUCUGAAUCUACCUGCUACAGUUUACUAAAGGUGUCACGUCCGCUCUUAAAGAUGGGUUGCUUUGGAUUUCUGAAAGCAAUGAUGGUUCUCUUUAAUGGGAUCAUUUUUCUGGCGGGCGUGGCUAUUUUGGGCGUUGGAAUCUGGGUGAAGGUGGACAGUGGAUCCAUCUUCAAUUUUCUACAGAACAUACAGGACGCUCCAAGUGAGCUGGGUCAGCUUCUGAACGUGGGCUAUCUUCUGAUCGCAGUGGGUGCCGUGCUCCUCAUCCUGGGCUUCCUGGGCUGCUGUGGAGCUGUUCGAGAGAGCACGUGUAUGCUGCUGCUGUUCUUUGUCAUUAUUUUGAUCGUCUUUAUUGCUGAAGUCGCUGGAGCGAUCGUUCUUCUGGUCUUUAAACCUAUGGCAGAGAAACUGAUAAAUCAGGUUGGAACUGAAGCUGUGAAAAGCAUCAGACAAGAUUAUGGUAAAAACCAAGACCUCACAGGACUGUGGAACACAACCAUGUCUACGCUGAAGUGCUGUGGAUUCUACAACUACUCAGAUUUCACAGAUUCUCCUUUUGUUAAGGAUUGGGGUUAUUAUCCUCCUCAGUGCUGUAGUAACACUACCUGCACAGCUGACAACUCAGCUGUUCCAGGAUGUUUUACAGCGCUGAAGAAGCUGUUGGAUGAUAAUGCUGUCAUUAUUAUAGCUGUCGCGCUGGGCAUCGCAGCUCUUGAGGUAGCGGCGAUGAUUGUGUCCAUGACGCUCUAUUGUAAGAUAGGGUCAAAACAUGAUUAAUGUCACACCAUGAUCUCACCAAUGACUCCUCGGGUUCAUUGAGGACGAGGACGGAUUUCUGAUCACCUCCAUACGUUUAAUGUACAUCACUGUGAUGCAAUAUAACCUCAAACCAAAAUAAAUAUACCUUUUUGUAAGUCGCUCUUAAUAGAGCAUUUAUUGAUUGCCUUAAAUGUUCAAGUUAAUUCAGAGAGUUGCAAACAUGUUUGAGUUUUGACUGAGGUCUCAUUUUUACUGGAAUAAUGCAAAACGUUUGACUUAGUUGCUUAACUAAUGUGUAAUGUUUCUGUGAGACUGUUUGUAUAUAGUUUUUAAAGCUUUGCCUAUGAAGAAUGUGCUUUAUUUAAAAAUGAAAUGCUUGUUUUGUUUAAUCGUCAGUAAUCAUGAACACAUUUAGUUUUUCCUUGCUUCCUUUAUGUGUGAAAUGGAGUGACCCAAAAGCCAAAUGUUUUCUUACAAAUGUUACUGAUCUAUUGUAAUUUAUUGUACACUUUUUACAAACCAAAGCUAUUUUAAAUGACGUGCCUUUGCAAUAAAGCACAACGUUGUG